CGUGUCGGUUAUCUCAAAUUACUCGAAAAGUCUGGAUUCAGUGCGUGCAACAUGGCUAAGUUUCGAAGAGUACCGUGUUUCAUGGUGUAUAUAUCGGUUUUUAGGCAUUAAGCGGCUACGGAUUUGUUAUACUAUUGCCGAAGGACUGCCUCGGGGUUUUCGCUUUUGAUUUUAACGUGUUUGUGAGGCGAAAUGCACUGGUAAACUGAUUGAAACAAGCUUUGUUCAUAAACAGAGUUGUGCAAGGCAGAAAGAACACGGAGCAUGAAAAGUUUUGUGAAUUACGAAAUACAUUGGAACAUUGGAGAAGCACAGCACUUGGAUUUUUUAACAAAACAACUCCUUGAUAUAUCGUAAACAUUCGAAAAUAUGAUCAACAAUAUAGACCAUUCGAAUUCGCCAAUAGUGUUGAAAAUCAAUAUACCUGACAAAGGAAUUUAUGAGAAACGGUUUACUUUUAAUCAUGAAGAUAAAGUUUGGGCCGCCAAAGAGCAAGUUAUACACGAAAUAGGAAAGGAGUUAAAAGACAUACAAAACUAUGGGUUCUUCGUGCCUCCGCACCAGGGGAAGGCCGGAAAAUUUAUGGACGAAGGGAGACCGCUAUUGGAAUAUUCCAUUCCUGAAAGUGAUCAGAUUCUAGAGUUCAUGUUGAAAAGGCGGAUCUACAGAUCGAUCAAUUUCGACGAGAAUAAACUUACAAAGAUUCACACGAAGACGAAUCUAAAGAAACUCAUGGAACUGAUCGAACAGAACAAUGCUGGUCAGGUGAACCAAUUCCUUGAAAAAGGGCUGGAUCCAAAUUUCUUGGAUACGAAAACUGGAGAGACGCCUCUUACCACAGCUGCCGUAAAGAACAAUGCAAACGAAGUGAUCAUGUUUCUCAUUAAUGGCGGAGCAUAUUUUGAUUUCAAAAAUCGUGAUGGACUCACCGCUGUACACAAAGCUGCCGUCGCGGGAAACUCGCAUAAUAUUAAGGCAUUUUUGGAUCUGGGUGCCUCGCCAAAUUACAGAGAUCUUAAGGGCCUAACACCAUUAUACCACGCAUGUCUGAGUGGCAAGAAUCCAAAUGUGGCUGAACUAUUGCUUGGUGAUCAGGCUGAUUUUGGUAUAGUUGAUUCACAAGGAUGGCAAGAAAUCCACCAGGUUUGUCGCUAUGGUUUCGUGCGACAUUUAGAGCAAUUGAUCUACUACGGCGCUGAUCUCAAUGCACAGAAUGGAUCAGGCAAUACUCCAUUGCACAUAUGUUCAUUGUAUAAUCAGGAAGAGUGUGCUAAGUUACUUCUUUACCGCGGAGCAAGACGGGACAUUGUGAAUUUUGCAAACCAGACUGCUGAAAUGGUCGCAGUGGUUGCAACGAAUGCAAGUUUGUCUGCGUUUAUUAGAAAUUAUAACGAGAAGGAUGUAGUUCCAUACAUCGACAAGCCAACGUACAGUACUCGGCGGCGUACACAAUCAAAGAGCCGACCUACGGCCAAUUCCGUGUUUCAUCGAGAUUCCACCGAUACCUUCAUAUUCUGUUCCGAGUCUCUGAGUACAACGUCAUCAACCCCUUCUAUCCACUCGGAAACGUCGGAACCCAUGUCACUUGAUCUUUCACCUCGCGAGAUAAUACCUCAGGUCAAUGUGACCGAGGUUGUUGAGACCCCGACCAAAAAGCCGCGACGAAGGCGCACUCUCAGUGGGUCGGGGUCAGACUCUUCUUAUAUGACCGAUUCCGGAGACGAAGGGGGCUCAAGCGUGAACACUCCUCUUCUUUCACCCACCUCCGAUGAACUUACCCUACGGUGGAGGACAUACUCCCUGUCUUCGCUGAACAAAGAGGAAAGAGGGACUAUUCCUCGGGUCAAAGAGGUAAAGGGAGCCGCAAACAUGGGACCCGCUCCUGGUAAGAAUAUCUCGCGCAAGACCUAUGUUGCUGUUACAAACUUCACUCCCACGCAAGCUGGGGAGUUGUCCCUUGCGGAGGGCGAUCUUGUUGAAGUGAUAACGAAGGGAGAGAAAGGUUAUUGGCAAGGAUCAGUGGCGGGAAACACCGGCUGGUUUCCAGCAGAAUGCGUGGAAGAUCUAAAGAAAAGAAAGCAAAAGUCAAAGAGUUCUCUGCAUAAACCUUCUUCGAUUGGAAGUUCUCUCAACAAAAGUAACACUAGUCUGGACCAGCCUAUAAUACCUCCUGUUGUAAUGGCACCUCAACCAAGACAGGUCAUCUUACACAAAGUCAAGGCGGGAUUCGGAUUUCAAAUGAGAGGCGCCAACAUACCAGCCGUGAAUAAACUAGAGUUCCAGCCGUCUGCGAAGAUACCAGCACUUCAGUAUGUUGGGGAUGUCGAACCGGGGGGUGAGGCGGACAAGCGUGGAGUCAAGAAAGGCGAUUAUAUCCUAGAAGUCAACGGAAACGACGUCAGAACUGCCAGCCAUCGCCACGUUGUAAGUCUGAUACGAAAAACCGGGCAAACGCUCGUCAUGAAAUUGCUCUGCGUAGAUAAUGGCGAACAUUUCGUCAAACCCGGAAGCAACAGUGUCGCCAAGCCAGCGCCUUCUGGAAGCCCCCCGCCGAACCAACCCCCGCCCUCGGAAAUCCUACCCCCGUCGAUGCCACCCACGGCAAUUCCGACCUCGGCGAACCAAGAAAGGCAUUCCAGAGUGAUCGUUAAUGGGACCAGUCAUGCCGAUGGACCUAGCAACAAGAAAGCGCCCCCAAUCCCAUCGAGGGCGCCUACGACCUUGUUGACUACUAACAAACCCAGAUUGUCAGACGGUGAUGAGACGGCACCCGUUGUGCAAGAAGAUCGUGUCAUAUCCGUUCCCAGAGAACGCAUUUCCUCGAACGACAAGAAGUGGACGCUGAGCGGUUACAGUUCCCUACCACGGCGACCAAAAAGCUCAUACGGUGCCAUCAUUGGAAGCCCUCAUGCAAGCCCAUCAAGCGAAAAACCUACGCGGAACUUCCACCCGGUAGACUCCUUGGACAAUACCGGGUUUAUGACCCUGCCUUCUAAGCAAAGAGAGAGUGCGCGCCGCAAUGUAACUCAAGAUGACUCGGCGGUUACCCGCCGUAGAACUGGUUCAGCUCGAACGGCAAGGGACCGUCCAAAAUCGUGGAUGCCGAAGGUUUUGCCGUCAGAACCACCUCCCGUUUCUCCCCCUGUUCCCCGGGAACAGCCAACUCCUAGGCAAAGUGAUGACUCGAGGCAUGUCUCCAGAACGGACUCAAAAAGAGAUAAGAAGAGACGGUUUUCAUUUCGAAAGAAGAAAGAAAAGGAUUACAUGGCCACUGCCUCCCAAGAGCCACCCGAACCCAGCGAGGAGCCUGGAGACGAAGGUGAAGUCAUCGCCCAAGCACCAAACGAAAACCUCCAAAUCGAAGGCGAACAAAAUAGGCCGAAUACGCUACCAGGACUUCAAAAACGAUUGUCUACUUUUAAACCAGUUGUGGUGCCUCAUAGACAGUUCGUCCACACAGAUGCCGUCUCACCUGAGCUAUCGCAGGCGCUGGAAAAACGAAAAUCAAGGGGUUUUUCUUCGGGUACCGAUGAAAUGGUUUCGCCCGUAUUUUCACCUGGUCACGAAGGUGUGCCCGUACCAGUGUUCCCCCCUGCACCCACCCAGGCUCCGCCUAACCCACCCAAAGCGAAAUCUUUGGAGGAAUCAAUCAAAGAGGAAAUGAUGAGACGACGAUGUAACACCGCCCCUGCCUCUUCAAUCCCGACAAAACCACGCCGUACCUUCGAGUAUAGGAAGUCCAGCGGUGAACCAUUUCCCGAGGGGGAAGAACCUCCCGAAGAGAAAGGGGGUUUGGAUUCCGAGCUUGCCAAGGCGGUUGCAAAGCGUGCAGCCAAAAUGACUACUGCGCCUAAAAAAGACACCCACAUUUACGAAAACGUGAAAAACCUAAAUAUUAAUUCCCCGAAGGAGCCGAGGUCUUCUGUUGAAGAACCGCCGACUUUGAGUAUUGAAGAAAAAUUAAAAAAGCUACAUUUGAGUGACGAGGUUAUUCUUCCAACGAAGUUCAAACCUCCGGUUGCUCCUCCAUCGGGUAAAGUUUCCAGGGUAAAACCGCCGAUUGAUCCACCUCGCGAAAAAUCACCCCCGUCGGAAGUGUUACCUCACGGGAAAGCCCCUCCCAAAACCUUACCCAAACCGAAAAAGAAGUCCCCAUCGAUUACCUCAGAUUCUGGAAGUGACAGCGUCGGGCCGGCGUCUCGACCGAAAUCUUUGCCUCUUAUGACGCCAACACAAACCUCGGCACUACCACCCCCUAUUUUGUCCCCUGAGAUGGUGGCCACCCAGCUGCUGGAUGACGUCAUAAAUGAAGAGGUUAAACGGUCGAAUUGGGAUACUGCGUCGUGGAAGGAUAAAGAUCCCUCGUCAGAAAACACUUCUCCUCUGUCCGUGGACGGAGCUGCUACGACAUUUGACGGAACGACGACGACAAACGACGACACUUCCCCGAUCAUCCCCGAGUCGUCGGCGUCUGGGAAAAAGAAGUACGUUUACAAAAUUACGUUGGUGACCGAAAAGCACGCGGACGGCUCCGAGCAAACGCAAACAGUGACCCAAGUAAUAACCAAGCAACCCGAACCACUUGAAUUAGUUUCUCCUGGAGGUUCAGAAAUGCCCCCGCCUCCAGCCCAACCACCAUUGGAAUUUAUUGAUGAAAGUUCAUUGCCGGCCCCAGUAUUCACCCCUCCCACUUCUCCAGGUUUCACACCAGACUCAUCUGAAUUCAACCCUCCCCCACCACCGGCAUUUUCGCCCCCACCUCCUUUUAUAAUCGAGGAUAACGAACAGCCUACAGAACCUAAUGUUGAAAGUACCCCACCCUCCCAUUUACCACCCCCCGUAGCAUUUCAGGAGGAUGUUUCAUCUUCGAACGAACCUCUGUCUUCAUCAGCAACACCUAUCUCGACUGAGGAUAAAGUUACCUCUGUUCCCGAGGAACAUCAAGUCCACCCGCCUGUAUCUAUUCCAGAACCUUUGCCUCAAAAUGAGUCAGAGGAGGCAACAUAUACCUGUUCUCCACCUGCCCCAGUGACCCCUUCUGCUCAGGAGGAUUCUCCCAACAACAAAGACCCACAGUUCGCCUCGGGUACGCUACCCCCACCAGAUGAGUUCACGGAGAAUAGCUUAGAUCGUCCGCCGUCGUCGGAGAUUGUUGUUCCCCCUCCUGUAUUUUCGGACAGUACAAAUGGACAAGUCAUAGACACAAGUGAUACAUCUACGUCAGAGAAGCAAGAAAUCGAUUUAAAGAAGGACGGAUCCAUUGUAUCAAUGGACUCUAACGAACAGUGCUCAAAAGAUAUUGCACAAUCCCAGGCUAGUGAUGUCUCGAAGUUACUUUCAGAACAAUCAAAACAAGUCGAAACAGGGCAGCCAAAAUCAUUUUCAAUAGCUCCCAAAGAAGAAAGCCAUCUUGGCAAAAAUCUGAGCCAACCAUCGGAUGGAAAUUCGCAAAGCCAAGUCAGUUCUGAAGACUCGGCCAUAGGUAAGUCAAGUGAAGUCGUGUGUCCGGCGAAUGAGGACAGUUCUCAGGUCAUCCCAACCGAGGAAGUGCUGGCACUUCCAGAGUCAAAGGAUCAAAAUGAGAAUGUAGUGGAAACACCGACUGCGAAUGCUGGUAAUAAGGAGGAGCAGGCUCCUCUGCAAACAGUGAAGUUGGAAGCAUCCACUGAUAGUUCAUCUUUCCUGGAAACGCCUUACGAGAAUUGGUCCUGUGCGCACGUUUGUGAUUGGCUGGCCUCUAUCGGUAUGGCGGAACAUGGUGACUUGUUCCGAGAGAACGAUAUCCGGGGGUCGAAUCUCCUAGGUCUCACUAAGGAAGACCUACGCGAACUAGGUGUGAAAAAGUUGGGUCAUCGAAUGACGAUUACCAACGAGGUCAAUAGACUCUCAACAAACAACGGCGCUGCUACGAAUCUGUGAAGUUUCUUUUGUGACAGUACGUUUGCAGGAGGAGGAUGUGGAUAUAUAAUCGGAAACAUUUGAUUGCGUCAAACGCUGGACGAUGACAAACAAACUACUGUAGUUUAGUGGCACACUAAUAUAUUAGCUUGCGUCUUUAGCCCGUUAAAAGCAUUCCAACAUCGUCCAACAUUUUUGGUCAAAACGUAACUUGGUUUUCUCCAACUGUUUAAAAUUGGUUGACUGCAUGGGUAACUCUGCUAAACCUGUUAACUUUGGCCGGGUCAGCCAUCGUUAAUAGAAUACAUGGUUUGCUAGGAUUAGGUGGAAGUGAGUCGAUGAAUGUUUGUUGUGAGAAAUUAGCUAGGUGGAAGUGAGUCGAUGAAUGUUUGCCUUGAGCAAUGAUGACUAAUGGUCCCAAUUUAUUGAAAAGCAUUUUUCUACAAAUCAAGACAGUAUGGUGGUUGGUGCAUGCAUGUAUCCAGUCUUGUUGGACAUGUCGGAGUGUACCUUUUUUAACGGGCGUAGUUGUAUCUCCCUUUGUCGUGUAGAGUUUUGUUAAUGGUUUGUUACCUUCUAAUCUAGUCUUUUUCGAGACAAUGCAACGUAUAGCAGUAUACUAUAGGCGUGCAAGAUACAUGGUUGGGUAAUUUUGAAUGAUGAAAAUAACAGCAGUCAUAGCAACUGAACAGUAACUGGCAAUUCCGAAGAAGAAAUAAUUUAUCAACAUUAAUUUUUCUCUAGGUUAAAGAGGCGGUCAGCGACGUUGUGCCCAAGUGCUGACGGGGGCGCCAGAUGCAAUCGAUACCUGUAUUUUGUCCGAUGUUUCGAAAACUUUAAUAAUGAAAAAUGAUCGAAUUGAUUUGAAUUCAUAGAGAACCAGAAUAAUGUUAGGUAGCAACCAAGGUACGCAUUUGCGCCGACGGCCUCUUUAACCCUUUAUAACUUACAGAGUUUGCAAAACCGAUAUUUUUAUAUUAUUAAUAAUAACCCCUAAUAAUUUAACCCUUCAGCUAAUUAGAAUAAAGGUUAGAUUAAAUUCAGGCUCUAAAAUUUUGUGUGAAUAGUUGAUGAAUUAGGCGUUGAAGUUCCAAACUGCGACUGGGCCAGAGUUAAGGCCGACACAGACCGGACGCGAUGCGGCAACGCGACGCGAAUUUUCAGUUUUCAAAAGCAUAUAAAUUAAA